UUGGUAGUCGCUUUCGUUGAGGGCUUUUUAGCAAGUAUUUGGGCAUCUACACCAAAACACUUGAUUUUUGAGGUUGCUCUUAUUGUUGCAUUCUUCAUAUUACUUACAAAGAAACCACGUGAAGUUAUCAAAAAUGAUGAACAACUUACACCAGCAGAAGAAGAUGCAAUUAUUACUGCUUGGACUCCUAAGCCAAUAGUUCCAGAACUUCCAGAUGACUAUGAUACUUCAGUGCUAGAAACAAAGGUUGUUUCCAGCGCUCCUACCGAUAAGAUUACAGUUGAAGGAAAAGAAGCACUUAACUUUGCCGUUCCAAACUUUUUUGGAUUGAACAAUGAUAAACAGCUUCUUGAAGCCGCACAGAACGCUAUUGACCAUUAUGCUGUUGGCUCAUGCGGUCCACGCCAGUUUUACGGUACAAUGGAUGCACACCUUGAUGUAGAAGAAGCUAUUGCCCGCUGGACAGGUGUUGAAGACUCAGUAAACUACUGCUUCCCAUUCGCCACAACCACAUCUGUUAUUCAGGCCUUUGCUCAUAACACUGAUGUUGUUUUCAUUGAUGAAUACUGCUGGUUUGCCAUUAAAGUUGGUGCGGAUUUAACCCGUGGCAAAGUCGUUGUUUUCAAGCACAAUGAUAUGGGAGAUCUCCGUGAUAAGAUCAUAAAGACAAAGAACUCCUUCGAACGUUGGGAAAAGUGCAAUCGUUGGGUUGUCGCUGAAGGCAUUUCUACAAACGAUGGCACAAUCGUUGAUCUUCUUUCCAUCAUCAAGCUUCGCCAUGAAUUCUGCCUCCGCAUUAUUCUCGAUGAAACAAACUCUUUCGGCGCACUCGGAAAGACAGGACGUGGUGCUUGCGAGCAUUUUGAUAUCGACCGUUCUGAAAUUGAGAUUUCAAUCGGUUCUUAUGGAACAGCUCUUGCUUCUCUUGGUGGCUUCACCAUUUCUACAAAAGAACUUUGCGCUCAUCAAAGAUUAUCAUCUCAUGCUUACAUCUUUUCAGCUUCGCCUCCACCAUACGUUGUCAUCUGCGCUCGCCGUGCUGUAGAGAUUGUUGAAAAAGAUGGCGCUGAACGCAUUGCUAAACUUCGUAACAAUACAGCUCUAAUGUACCAGGAACUUUCCGACAUCAAGGGCCUUGAGGUUAUUUCAGAUCCAAUAUCACCAAUUGUCCAUCUCAAGCUCGGAAAAGAACUUUCUCUUAAAGAAGCUAACAUUGCCUUACAAAAGGUAUGCGAUGCAGCUCUCAAUGAUGAAACAGCACCAACAUUUGUUGUUAAGUCCAAAUUUGUACUCAACCGUGAUUCAAACAAGGAAAGACCAACAAUCAAAUUAUACGUUUCUCCAAUUCACUCAGAAGAGGAAAUCAAGAGCGCUGCUGCUGCAAUUAAGCGUGCUGCUGAGAAGAUCUUAGCUUGA